AAGUACAAAUAGGACCCAUGAGGACUAUUGCUGGUGCAUUUUUAUUUCAUUGGAUGAGAAGUAAAGCAAGGACCUCCCCUCUAAAACAAAAAAGAAGAAGAUGAAAUAAAGAAAGAAAAAAUCUCUUGUACUUUAAGUGUGGGCAUGUUGAAAAUGUAACAUCUUUUAUGUACUUUCAAGCCAAGCCAUAUAGUGGACAAAACACUUCAUUUCCUAAAACUAAUCUGUAUGUAUAAAUUAUAACCCAUUGUUUCAUUAAAUUUUAUGCAAAUCAAUCAAAACCAUUCUAGAAAAGCAGCCAAAAAACAGUCCCCCACUUCCUAAAAUAAUAUGGAUAAAUUCUUUAAGCUUUCUUUUCUUGGUUUCUUGAUAGCGUCUUAUACGGUUGCAGGAAACUUUCUGCAUGAUGACUUUGCCAUGUUUGAUGAGCUAGACAUAGAAAGCCAGGACUCAGAAGAUGACAUUGAUAUCGACUUCUUUGAUAUCCCUUCAUGGAAAAGCGAACGCGGUGGUAAGGUUCUUGUGAAUGUAGAUAGCUUUGGUGCUGUUGGAGAUGGAGUUGCUGAUGAUACUCAGGCUUUCCAAAAAGCAUGGGAUACUGCCUGCUCUACACCGAAAGCAGUUCUUUUGGUUCCUCAAGAUCGUCGUUAUCUUGUCAAUGCAACAAAAUUCCAAGGGCCAUGUGCAGAAAAGUUAGUUAUCCAGAUUGAUGGAACAAUUGUGGCACCAGAUGAACCGAAAAACUGGAAUCCAAAGUUUGCGCGACAAUGGCUUGAAUUUUCAAAACUAGAGGGAGCCCUAUUCCAAGGCCAUGGAGUUAUUGAUGGCUCAGGCAGCAAAUGGUGGGCAGCAUCCUGCAAAAAAAACAAGACAAAUCCAUGCAAAGGAGCACCAACAGCAUUAACUAUAGAUUCAAGCACAGCUAUAAAGGUAAAAGGCCUCACCAUACAGAACAGCCAACAGAUGAAUUUUAUUAUUUCUCGGUCAGAUUCUGUGCGAAUUACUGGUGUACAAGUUACAUGUCCAGGAGACAGUCCCAACACUGAUGGAAUCCAUAUCACUCAAUCAACUAAUGUGGUUCUACAAGAAAGCAGAAUUUCAACAGGGGAUGAUUGUGUCUCAAUUGUCAAUGCCAGCUCCAACAUCAAAAUGAAAAGAAUCUAUUGUGGCCCAGGACAUGGAAUAAGCAUUGGAAGUCUUGGAAAGGACAAUUCCAUUGGCAUAGUUACUCAAGUGGUGUUGGAUACAGCAGUCCUCAAAGAAACUACCAAUGGUGUCAGGAUCAAGACUUGGCAGGGAGGUUCUGGUUAUGUUCAAGGCGUACGGUUCCAAAAUGUGAAGAUGAUAGAUGUAGCCAACCCCAUUAUUAUUGAUCAAUUCUACUGUGAUUCUCCAAAAAGUUGCGAAAAUCAGUCAUCAGCAGUUAACAUAAGCAAGAUUAUCUACAAGAAUAUAAGCGGAACAACAAAGAGCGAAAAGGCGAUGAAAUUCGCUUGCAGCGAUUCAGUCCCAUGCAGCAACAUAGUCCUGAGUAAUGUCAACUUGGAGAAGAAAGAUGGGACUGUGGAGACCUAUUGUAACUCUGCUCAAGGCUCUGGAUAUGGGACUAUUCACCCUUCAGCUGAUUGCCUCAGCACUCACGAUAACAAGAACAUUCAACCGAUAAUCGAUCACAAUCAUGAUAUAGUCCACACUGAACUCUGAUAAUAUUGGCUUGCUUAUUAUACAACAUAAAUAAUUGAUUGUUAUGCACACACACACACAAAUAUAUAUAGCACAUGCCAAAUAGGGUAAAGAAACAGUAGAGUGAUGUGAUCUCUAGUAAGGUUUCUUGGAUGAGGUUUGAGGUGUUCAAGCUAAAUUUUAAUGGGAUAUUACAGAGGUAGUUUAUACAUAUAUAUAUACUGAAAUUUAAAUGUGUCUAAAUUAUAGAAAAAUUGAAAGCAAGUGUAUCAGAAUUCAGAACAUAUUGUUGACUUUAAUGAAAUGGCUUGGUAUAUUUUCAUCUA